AUGCCGCGGGAGCAGUUAUACCGCAAGCAGAAGCGUGGGUCAGGUGGGGGUGGAAGCAGAGGAUCUUGCUCGGCGGACGGGAUCCAACACGUGGGACCCCCGGAGUCUUACUCCGGGGUCCCGGCGGUCGGCAACGGAAAGCGGUCGGAGGACUGCUUUACGGCGGCCGCAAAAUGGACGAAAAGUGAAGGGGGCAAAGCCACCCAGAAAAGGUAG